AUGUUUCCAGGACAAGGUAGACAUACAUACGGAGGACAACAGUCCAAUUAUAGUAAUCAACAACAGGGUUACGACCAAGGGUAUAACCAAGGUUACGGCCAAGCUUAUGGCCAAGAAUACAAUCAAGGAUAUGACAGACCUUCUGGUCCACCACCAGGCCAAGGUCAAUACAAUAGACCAUCGGGUCCUCCACCAGGUCCACCACCAGGUCAAGGACAAUAUAAUAGACCUUCUGGACCUCCACCAAGUCAACAAGGACAAUACAAUAGACCUUCUGGCCCACCACCAGGUCAAUAUGGAAAUAAUCAAACUAGGGGAUCAGGAAACGAACAAAAUUAUGGUAAUAUGCAUGGUAGUGGUCAUUAUUCUCGUCCACCAACUGAUUCCCAAUCUUUUGGUGUUGAGAAUUACAAUUAUCAAUAUUCCAACUGUAGUGGUCGGAAAAAGGCAUUGUUGAUAGGGAUCAAUUAUAUUGGUACUAAAAAUGAAUUGAGGGGUCCAAUCAAUGAUGUCAAUAAUGUUGAACAAUUUUUAUUAGCUAAUGGUUAUUCAAGUGAUAACAUUGUUAAAUUGACUGAUGAUCAAAGAGUUCAAAGAGCAAUUCCAACUCGACAAAACAUUCUUGAUGCCAUUCAAUGGUUAGUUAAAGAUGCUCGUCCUAAUGAUGCAUUGUUUUUCCAUUAUUCUGGCCAUGGUGGACAAACAGAAGAUCAACCCGAUGAAUAUGGGAAUUAUGAUGAAGAUGAUGGCUACGAUGAAGUUAUUUAUCCAUUAGAUUUUGAAACCAAUGGGUUUAUCAUUGAUGAUUUGUUGCAUACAAUGAUGGUGAAAACAUUGCCUCAAGGUUGUAGAUUGACAGCAUUAUUUGAUUCUUGUCAUUCUGGAUCAGUUUUGGAUUUGCCUUACAUGUACUCAACCAAAGGUGUUUUGAAAGAACCAAAUGUAAUGAAAGAAGCCGGAGCAGGGUUAUUGCAAUCUGCCAUGGCUUAUGCAACAGGUGAUAGAAGUCGUAUGCUUCUGGGUCUUGGUGGGGUUGUCAAAACAUUUAUGAACCAAGGUAAGGCAGAAAAAGCUAAUGAGUAUUCCAAACAAACCAAUACUGCUCCUUGUGAUGCUAUUUCUUUGAGUGGGUGUAAAGAUGAUCAAACUAGUGCUGAUUCUAAAGAAAAUGGUACUGCCACUGGUGCUAUGAGUUAUGCAUUUUUGACUGUUAUGAGUCAAAAUCCAAACCAAUCUUAUUUGAGUUUGUUGCAAAAUAUGAGAGAAAUUUUACUGGCCAAAUACAGUCAAAAACCACAAUUAUCUGCUUCCCAUCCAAUAGACACCAACUUGCAAUUUAUUUUUUAA